AUGUCUUAAAAAGAAUCCAUUUUACUUGGAGGAGGUUGUUGUCCUCCUAGAACAAGCCCACUGGAACAAUUAAUCUAAAAAUCAGAUAAUUAAGACAUCUAUACUUUCUUUAAUAAAUUCAGAUUCUAUGUUCAAAUAAUUUGUACUCAAGCUGUUGUUGCUGCUGAUAAGUCAGAAAGUUAAGAAAUAAUGAUAGCAAUACAGUGGUUUAUCUUUUAAGAAGAAAACAUCUACAAACUUAACAAGAGUUCCUAAAGUGUCGCCAAAUCUUACGAUUUAAUUUUUUAGGGAAUCCGCGAAUUAUUGAAAAGCUGCUUGAUAUAUGUUAGAACAGACCCAUUUAAGUGUUUUUAUAUCUUAUAGAUAACAGCAUCUCUAUCAAAAGUCAUAUUUAGCUUCCAUUUAAAAAAUGAUAAGAGAUUUAUGGAAUGUGAUUUAUAAAAAGAAAUUUUGGAGAUAUGUGAUAAAUUAAGAUAAUAAAUGGAAAUUGAAAAAAAUGAUUGGAUUCAAAGUUAAUUGGAACUCUAUCUUUUCUUAACAAAAACUUCUUUCUAGAUGGCACCAACAAACAGGAGCGAAAGGGAUAAACUUUUAUACGGAUGUUUGAAAGGGAUCAUUAAUUCCUUAAUAGAAAUGAAGCCAAAUAUGGAACUGCUUGAAACAUUGUUUCAGGGACUCUGUCAACUUUACAAUAUGUAUAUUGAAAAUAAAAAUAGAAAAUACUAUUAAGUUUAUUUUUAUAUUGAUAUUUUGUAAUGGGAGAUAAUUUAUUCUUUUAAGAAUGAAUAAUUAUAAGAUUUAGAGGAAAUAUUAUUUCGUAUUGAGGCAAUUUAUAAGAAAAUUGUGAGCAAUUCAAAUAUAUGGAAAUAUCAUUAUUUGUGGAUUUAGAUGAUAGGGAAAAUUUUAAUUUAUAAUCCUUUAAUAGCAAAACAAAAAUUUUAUCAGCUGACGAAAACUCACAAAUCAGGAGCAAAGUCAAGUUAAAUUUGGAAGGAAUAUCAGAAUAAGGGAUUCCUGAUUUAAGUGAACAAAAUUGACGAUUAAGCUCUCAUUUAACUUAAUUCACUAAAAAAUAAUUAAUUACUUUAAAUUGAUAGACCAAUAUUCGAAGAAUGCUUCAAAGGAUGGGAAAAUUUCUUACUACUUAAGGAUUUUCUUUUGAAUGAACAAUAUCAAAAUUUUCCUUUUACAUUUGGAUCAUAUUUAAACCGCAAAUUAGAUUUCGGAAGAAGAGGCCAAUGA